AUGGACCAGAUGCUCAUCGUCAGAAGAGUGAUCAAAAUUCGGCAGCGGUAUUCGAAGCCAAUGCAACUAGCGUUUCUGAACUUUGAAGCCGCGUUCGACUCUCCUUACCGAAGCCGUCUUCUCAACGCGGUCUGCGCCGAUAGAGUACUAAAAAAGUUCGUUCAUUUGCUUGAUGACAUAAAUCAACGAACAACUGCUGCAGUUCGAACACCAGCCGGAUGUACAACACCUUUUGAAGUUGUAACUAGAGUAAGACAAGGGGCAGUGGCAGGACCCUUUUUGUUCAAUUUCGCCAUCGACGACAAUAUGCGAAGAACAGUCGACCAAUGUCCUGCCAACAUUGUCUUAGCACCAUUAAGGUGCCCCUUGACUGACCUCGAGUACGCCGACGAUGUUGUUAUAUUCGCGGAAAGCAGUACGAAACUUCAUCAUGUUGUCAACCUUGUAUCGAAGCUGGCUGCAGCCUAUAGACUAUGUCUACGCCCUGUUAACUGGAAGCAGAUGUGGAUCUCUUCGAGACUUUGGACGGGAAUCAGGGUGGACGGACAGCCAAUAGAACUCGUCGAUGAGUUCUGUUACCUGGGCUAUACGCUAAAGAACAACGGCGGCUACGAGACAGAUAUUCAACAAAGAUGCGCUAACGCCACUUCUGCAUUUAACUCCUUAACCCCAUCACCAACGAAGUCAAGCUGCGAGUCUACCUAUCCGCAAUUGGACUCAUCAUGA